AUGUUUUCAAAGAUAUUACAAACAACAGAUACUCUAAAUGGUUUAUUACUUUUAGAAGAUAGUCUUGAUUCAAGUUCACAACAUUUGUUGAAUCAUCUUUAUGAUUAUUGGUUGAGACCUAUUAAUAGUAAUCAAAGUACAGCUACAUCAUCCGGUCUACAGGUACCAAACUUAAAAAAGAAUGUUUGGUUCAUUAAUCAAAGUCAACCUCUUUCAGAAUAUAUAAAGUUAUCAAAGAAAUAUAAUAAUAUUAAUUUCAUUGUAAUAGAUUGUUAUUCAGAUCCUUUUGGUUGGAAUAUUAGUAAUAACAAUAGUAAUAGUAAUGAAGGACCAAUUGUAUUUAAUUGUUCAAAGCAAGAUUCACAAUCGAUUAUUGAAACAGUAAAGAGUGUAUUCAAUUCGAAUUCAGUAUCUUCUAAAUUAAAAGAAUCACCUGUUUUAGUUAUAAAUACAAUCAGUUCAUUGGUAUUAAAGAAUGGUUUAUCAGAUACAUGCAAUUUAAUUAGAUCAUUAAUAAACUUUAGUAAUGUAAAUAAUAAUAAUAGUAAUAGUAGUGGUAGCAAUAAUAGUAGUAGUAAUAAACAAUCAACAUUAUCAUCAACAAUGAAUAGAAUUCAAACAGGUAUUCAAGGUGGAGUUCAACAAAGAGCAACAAAAUCAGAAAGAUCUUUUACAUGUCUCUUGGGUAUUCUACAUAAUGAUUUGCACUAUAGUGACACUUCAGUUACCAAACAACUCGAGUACAUCUCAUCGACAUCGAUUCAAGUUACACCAUUACCUGCCAAGAUUCUCCUCUCUGAAUCACUUACCAAUCGUUAUGAAGCAACUAUAACCGUUAUAACAAAGAAGAGAUCUGGUAGAGUCGUUAGAAAUAAUGAUGGUAGAUUAGGAUUUGAUUCAUCAGAGUUAUUCGAAAAGAAAGAAGAAGUAAAAGAAGUAGAUCCAACAAAGAAUUUAUCAUUCAAUCUAAAGUUAAGCGAAGAUGAAAAGAAUGCAAGAGACAAUGUUGUACUACCUUAUAGACAUCAAGGUGAGAAUCAAUUAAUCAUUGAAGAUCCAGAGGAAGAUGAUGAUUAUGAUGAUGAGGAUCCAGAUGAUGAUUUAGAUAUUUAA